CCCCACCGCCUCACUGCGGUCCCCCUUGUACUGAGCCCCAACGGCGGGUCGCUCCGCGGAGCAAUCCCUGCCCUUGCCCGCCUGGGGGAAAAAGUCCCGGACCCUCUGAGAGGCGGACUCCAAGAUGGCGGCGCCGCGGAGGUUCCGCGAGGAACCUUAACGGAGCCGGCGUGAAGCAGCAGCCUCCGAGGCCCUCAGAAGUGGAAGUGGCCCUUGAAACGAGAGAAGAAGGCGCCAGACGCUACAUUCUGGGCAAAUAAAAAAUGGCCCCAGCCUGUGAACGGCUGCAGUUUCGUUUUCCUGGAUACGGUGAUGGGGUGUUGCACCGAAUGGACCAGUUGCGGGAGCAGAGGCGCUUCUGUGAUGUGACGGUACAGGUGAACGAGCUGCGGGUUCCUGGGCACCGUGUGGUCUUUGCUGCUUGCUCCCCUUUCUUGCGCGACCAGUUUCUGCUGAAUGACUCACAAGAGGUGUCUGUCUCGCUCUUCCAGAGUCCAGAGAUUGGACGCCAGCUUCUGCUCUCUUGCUACACAGGAUGCCUUGAGGUGCCCAUCAAGGAACUGGUCAGCUACCUGACAGCUGCUUCCUUCUUGCAGAUGGGCCAUGUGGUGGAGCGCUGUGCUCAAGCAGUCUCCCACUACUUAGUCCCCAAGGCAGAUGCCCUGCUGCGGGAGGAGCAAGGAGAGGGGAGCUAUCUAGAGCAGGAUGGGGAAGAGCGGGAGGAGAAGCAACCUUCUUCACCCACGGCAGAGGCAGACUGUGAAGAAAACAAAGCGGAGGGGCCUGAGUUUACCCCACGCAGCUCCCGUGGCCCCUCCUCUCCCGCAAUCUCACUCUCCCUUAUCAACUCCGCUGUGGAGAUCACACGCAGCUACCUGCAGGGUUGCUAUGAUGAUGACACAAGCAGCGAAGGGCUUCCUUUCCCAUCAGCAGCUCCCGCGCCCGCCUCCCAGUGGAGGAACCACCCAUUGCAUCGCCAUCGCCACAGCACAGCUGUGGCAUACAGGGAUUGGAGGACGGGCAGUGGGAUGGCGGCGUGGAAGGUGCCAGGACUGGAGCGUCCCUACCGCUGCCCACGUUGCAGCAGUGUGUUUCAGCAGCUGGGAAAUUUUGUGAGCCAUGUGCAGGAGCACAAGCUCUUCCUGUGCCUUCGCUGCGGCAAAGUCUUUUCGCAGAAGAGCAACUUGACUCGACACAUCCGGGUGCACACAGGCUUCAAGCCCUUCCAGUGCCCCAUCUGCCGCAAGUGCUUCACCCAGAACGCCACCCUGCAGGACCAUCUCAACCUACACAGUGGCAUCAAGCCCCACAAGUGCAACUACUGUGAAAUGCAUUUCACCCACAAACCGGGCCUGCGGCGCCACCUCAAGGAGAUGCAUGGCAAGAGCACCGUCCAGAAUAGCCACGAAGAGAUUGAAGAAGUCACCAUUGACUUUGAUUGAUGUGAGAGAAGGGUGGGAGGAGGGCAGCUACAAACGGAGUAGUAGGUUCUUCCGUGAGGCCAGGAGGAGUCUUCAGGCCAAAUGUCCGUUCAGUAGGAGAGGGGCUGCAUGAACAGGGCAGGGGGCGCGCUGCAGACGGAGACAGUUGAUGUAGUGAUGCCAUAGGCCGAAAUCAUUCCUUUUCUAGUAGUAAGGCAAGUGCUGUGAUUAGAGUGUUUUCUGUGAGAGAGCACAAAGAACAAAGACGGAACCAUUUCCUGCAAAGGAGACGGAAUGCCACAAUGCAAAGGGAGGCCGUUGAGUGAAUAGAGAAUGUUGGGCCUGCGUUGAAGGUGGUUUCACAUGAAGUGGAGUGAAGCACCUGCCUGGAGCAACGGAUUUGGAGUGCUGUAAAGGGCAGCAGAGGGGAGACAAGAUCUGGCUCAUGAGACACAAUCCGCUGGGACAGUCACCUGUACAAGCCACAGUGAAAUGAAGGGGAGCAAUGCAAGGAGAAGGUGGUACUUUCGUAUAGCUCCUUUUCGGUUCAUCAGGGUUUGUGCAGGAGAACUUCAUGGUGCAUUGAUGUGUAAAGGGAGUGCCGUUUAGAUUUUCUACCUCAUGCACUUCCAUGUUUUGCUUUGGGCCUGGUGGGGCACUGCAGAGUCAGCCAUCUGAUUCAACAUCAAAAGAACUCAGUCAAGUAGAGGUGACAGGAGAUGAAAUGUUUAUAGCUGAUUGACAAAUUAACAUCGUUGAGUCCAGACAGCACAUACCCAAGAGUUCUUGAAAUGUAAAAUUGCUGAUCUCACAAUAAAAAUAUACAUGUUACUAAAA